AUUAUCAUGAUUCGUGACACGAGUAGCUGUCACUGUCAAAAUCCGGCUUUUGCAAUUUAGAAUUACUUUCCUGAAACCACAUUGAGGUAUAUAUUGUUUCAUAAUGCCUCCUAAAAAAGUGGAAGAGCCAGAAAAAAAACCACUUAUUGGUCGUGUCGGAACAAAUUUGAAAGUCGGAAUAGUUGGUGUACCAAAUGUCGGAAAAUCAACGUUCUUCAAUGUUUUAACCAAGAGCCAAGCAGCAGCUGAAAAUUUUCCAUUCUGUACCAUUGAUCCGAAUGAAAGUAGGGUACCAGUUCCCGAUGAGAGGUAUGAUUAUCUCUGCCAGUACCACAAACCAGCCAGCAAAGUUCCUGCGUUCUUGAAUGUAGUUGAUAUCGCCGGUUUGGUGCGGGGAGCUGCGGAAGGUCAAGGUCUUGGUAACGCUUUCUUGUCGCAUAUAAAGGCGUGUGAUGCCAUCUUCAACUUAUGUCGUGCAUUCGACGACGAAGACGUGAUCCAUGUAGAUGGUGAUGUCAAUCCAAUUAGAGAUUUGGAGACCAUAGGCGAGGAAUUGAGACUGAAAGACGAAGAGCAAUUACUGCAGAAUAUUGAAAAACUAGACAGGGUGGUUAACCGCGGCAAUGAUAAGAAACUCAAACCUGAAUAUGAUGCGUUGAUGAAGAUCAAGAGCGUGUUAAUUGAUGAGAAAAAGCACAUUCGUUUUGGUGAUUGGAGCGCAGCCGAAAUAGAAGUUUUGAAUAAGUACCUGUUCCUUACAUCCAAGCCAGCUUUGUACCUCGUCAACUUGUCAGAAAAGGAUUAUAUCCGAAAGAAGAAUAAAUGGUUACCAAAACUAAAGGAAUGGAUCGACAAAAAUGACCCAGGCGCACCAUUGAUACCUUUCUCUGGAGUCUUGGAGACCAAACUACUCGACAUGGACGCUGAAGAGAAGCAGGCCUUCUUGAAGGAACACGGCAUCGCCAGUGCCCUAGAUAAGAUCAUCGUGCAAGGAUACAAGGCCCUGCAGUUAGAGUACUUCUUUACGGCUGGGGCCGAUGAGGUCAAAGCUUGGACCAUUCAGAAAGGUACCAAAGCGCCCCAAGCAGCCGGUAGAAUUCACACCGACUUUGAAAAAGGUUUCAUUAUGGCUGAAGUGAUGCAUUUCAAGGAUUUCAAGGAAGAAGGCUCGGAAGCCGCUUGCAAAUCAGCCGGCAAGUACCGUCAACAAGGUCGUAACUACGUCGUCGAGGACGGUGACAUUAUUUUCUUCAAAUUCAACGCUGGCGCUGGACUGAAGGACGCCAAGAAGAAAUGACGCGACAAAGUCCUCUUGUUGCUGGUGCACAUGCUGUACCUCAACCUCGUUCUAUACACAUUACUACAUGUUGCUUGAAGGACAAUCAUUUGUACGAAUAAUAAUUUAUAAUGUGAAGUUAUUUCAUUAUGCCUCGUUAUUGGUGUAUUUAUACUUAAGAUAACCUAAGAGAGUUUUGUAGCGAUGAGACUUUAUAGUAUCUCCGCUGUAACUAAUCAAUCAGUGAUUAUAUGCGAGUGAUUUAGCGUAAUGCACUGGCAUAAUCGAGCUUAUAAAUCACCUUUUUUUAUUGUUUUGGUAAUUACGUAUGUUAAUUAAUUGCUCGUCUCGUAAUAAGUCGCUUUCUCUUACUUAUUUGUAUAUUUUAAUCUUUACGUGUUAUUCUAUUGUUGUUAUGAAUUUCAAGAUUCACGGUUUCGUAAUUUCCGAGGGUUUCCAAUUAUAUCACUUCAACAAUCUCUUCGA